AUGGCGGUCUAUACGACCGAUCAUUCUGAAGGCGUCCUGAAAACACACCUCUGGCGCACUGCGGAGAAUUCCGCCGCUUAUCUGCUCCCCCACAUCCGUCCCGCCAUGAAUAUCCUUGACGUUGGAUGCGGCCCUGGCUCGAUCACUGCGGAUUUGGCCCAGCGUGUGCCCCAAGGCUAUGUCACGGCCAUCGACUACGUGUCGGAUCCUCUUGACGGUGCCCGUUCGCUGGCGGCCUCCCGCGGGGUGCACAACGUCACUUUCCAAGUCGGUGACAUCCACUCCCUUGAAUUCCCCGACAACACGUUCGAUGUUGUCCAUGUCCAUCAAGUGCUGCAGCACAUUGCCGAUCCCGUUCAGGCGCUGCGCGAAAUGCGCCGCGUGGUGAAGCCGGGUGGCAUCGUGGCGGCCCGCGAAUCCGCCGCUCUGAGCUGGUUUCCGGACAACGAGGGGAUCUCGGCAUGGGAAGAGCUCUCGGAUCGAAUGGGCCGAGCGCGGGGCGGGAACCCGCAUCCAGGACGAUAUAUUCAUAGCUGGGCGGAGAAGGCCGGGUUCGCACGAGACCAGAUCACAAGGAGUGCGGACUCGUGGUGUUUCAGCAGCGACGAGCAACGGGCGUACUGGGGUGGCUCAAUGGGCCAGCGGGCAACGUCAUCGGGAUACUCGCAGGUGGCUGUCGGUGAAGGUUUUGCGACCCAGGAGACUCUGGAUCUCAUUGCCCAGGGGUGGAAACAAUACCGCGAGGAUGGGCAGGGAUGGUUUGGGAUCCUCCAUGGAGAGAUUCUAUGCCGGAAGUAA